CGUCUGUGCUCAGCCUUGCUCUACCCAGACGAGGGGCUGAAGACGUCUCUGUUCUACGUGUGGCAGCGUGUGUGCGGCGCUGCUGGGGGGUCUGGGGGCGCUCCUUUCGGGGCCCUGUCCCUCCCCGGCCCCCUGAGAGAGCGUCUGUGUAUGCAGCUCCUGCAGACCUUGGAGCAGGCGUGCUGCCCACAGCUCACCAUCAACUGUCUGGGUCUGCUGCUCCAGCUGUUGAAGCUGGGAGAGGUGGUUUCCUUUCUGAUGAACAGCAGUUCUGACCCGGGCCAGGGCCAGGACCAGGACCCACAGACCACUACCCCCCAGCUCUCUCUGCCUCUAAUACUGAAGAAGGUGUUAGCAGCAGAAGAGCUGAUCCUAACCAGAGGCUGUCAUGAAAUUACCUGUUGAGUAAUGAUUACACAACGUGUGUGC